AUGGAAAAACUAGCCGCUUUCAUUGUCUUGAGUCUCCUUAUCGCAGACGCAAGAAUCAUCCCAGAUAACUACAGCCAAGAAAGAAGAGCACUACUAGAUGAAGAGACACUUACAGCGGUCGGUGGAAAACAACACCUCAAUGAAGAUGAAACGAUAGCUAACGAUAUACUAAUGAAAUGGAAGAUGAACGAACUCAACGAGUCCUACAUAAACCCACAACAUUUCAACUUUUCUAAACACUACUUUUCAUAUAAGAAAGACAUAGAAAAAUCUAAAGUGUAUCAAAUUAUAAAACGGAUGCCCAAAGGUGCAGUGCUUCACGUGCAUAGCUCUCUAAUGCUAAGUGCUAACGUUUUAGUGAAAUUGACGUAUGAAGAUCAUCUGUACGCGUGCUACUCACAUGACGAUCUGCGAUUAUAUUUCUCGGAGACGACCCCAGACCGACCUUGUCCGUCUAAGUGGGAUCUUGUUAGCGAACUCAGGAAUUCUUCCGGUGAUCCCGCGGCCUUUGAUUCACAAUUGAAGAAAUAUUUCACACUUGAUAAAGAUGACGGCGAAGAUUAUAAUUUUGUGGACAUUAACACAGUCUGGAAGAGAUUCGAUAAAGUGUACUUUGCUAUUAAAUCGUUAAUUUCGUACCGACCCGUGCGGGAAAAGUAUUGGUAUGAAACGUUACAACAGUUUUAUGAUGAUAACAUUAUGUAUAUCGAAAUUCGUUCCGGUCUACAGAGUUUAUACGAAUUAGAUGGCACAACACAUAGUAGAAAAUAUUUACUUGAUCUCUACAAGAGAGUGACAGAAAAAUUCAUUGAGACACAUCCAGAUUUCAUCGGCGUUAAACUGAUAAUAACAAAACACAGAGCUCAAAGUAUCGACCAAGUGCUGGAAGCUUUGAAUAUGGCGAGAAGAUUAAAAGUUGAGGAGCCAGAUAUGAUAGCAGGAUUCGACCUUGUAGGUCAAGAAGACAUUGGCAGACCACUGACAGAUUUUCUGCCAGCAUUGUCUGAAGCAAAAGGCGAUAUAAAUUUCUAUCUACACGCUGGAGAGACAGCUUGGCUAGGAACUUCUGCUGACGAGAACCUGGUGGACGCAAUUCUUCUAGGUUCAAAGAGGAUAGGUCACGGGUACGCUUUAAUGAAGCACCCGUCACUAAUGUCAGCUGUGAUGAAGAAGGACAUUGCUUUGGAAGUGAAUGUGAUCUCGAACGUGGUGUUGUCGUUAGUGCACGAUGUUCGGAACCACCCCUUGGCCUCGUACCUGGCUAUGGGUGCGCCUGUAGUGCUGUCCAGCGACGACCCUGGCGCUUGGAGCGCGGAGCCAGUGUCUCAUGACUUCUUCGUGGCGUUCAUGGGUGUGGCCAGUAAGCACGCGGACCUGAGGAUGUUGAAGCAGCUCGCUCUCAACUCGAUCACGUACAGUGCGCUAGACGAUGAAGGUAAAUCGAGACUUCUGAAAGUGUUCAACGAAAGGUGGAAUAGAUUUGUAAGAGAUGUUAUAACUGACGUGUCGUUGAUAGAUACUAAUGUGAUUUAG